AUGCUGGGGUGGCUGCUGGCGGCGCUGGCGGCGCUGGCGCAGGGCGGAGACCCCCAGGCAGUGCCCUCUCCCACAGGCAACAUCACAGCCCCCAAUCUGUCCUGCUGGAAGAAUUGUGGCUCCCGGGCUAGUUUCCAUUGCUCCUGGUCACCCUAUGGCCCUGCUGGCAACACCUCCUACCUCCUGAACCUCUGCCACAAGAAGCGCAGCCAGUGCAGCCGGUUUAGGGCAGGAACCAUGACGAGCUACAACCUGACACACCAGCAGGUGUUCAUCCACAGCAACACCACAGCCUGGGUGGAGGCACGUUGGGGGCACCACGUCCACAGGACCCCCAACCUCACACUAACCACCCAAACCCAUCUCAUCUUUACAGUCAAACUGGAUCCACCUCCUACUGGGAUUCCCUUUACCAAAACUGGUGGCCAGCUGAAGCUGUGGGUGCCAAGGCCACAGUGUGAUGGCUUGGACUGGCCACUCCAGUGGGAGGCUCGUUUCCAGAGGGAGGGUGACAGCGGCUGGACACAGGUGACGUGUGCCAUGGUGAAUGUGACAGCUACAGGUGGCUCAGUGACCUGUGCCCUGGGGGUAAACGGCACCUUCAAGGUCCAGCUCCGGCACAAGACUCCCCACUGGAGCAGCUACUGGAGUGACUGGAGCAGAUCCAUCUCCAUUCCUGAGGAAAUCCUGGAGAGUCCAAUGCUGAGCUACCAACUGGGAAAUUUGGGGAAAGAUGGGCAGCGAGUGCUGAGGCUGAGCUGGCAACCAGCCCACAAGGAGCAAAGGGAUGUCAACUACACACUGCGCACCCUCAUGCCAGGGUGCAGGUGUGCCCUGGAGGAUGAUAAUGACACUGUGGUGCUGGGGCAGGAGGUGACAGAGCACAAUCUCACCCUCUCUGGGGCCGAAUAUCAAAUCCUGCUGAGUGCAGUCAAUGCUGCUGGGCCGGGGCCGGCACAGAUCCUCCACAUACCGGCAGAGCAUCAUGCAGAUCUCAGCUUCAAGAAUAUCAGUGUGGCUGGUGGCACCGUGAUGGCACAGUGGGAAGCACCAAUCCCUGGCUCUGCCUACUGCUUCGAGCAGCAGACACUGAGCAAAGCUCCAAAACAGGGUGUCUGCAUCCAGGAGGAUUUCCUUGCCAACAGCAUCCACGUGGAGACAGGAACACUGGAAGCUCAAGAGUGUCAUCGCUUCGCCGUGCACAGCUGGGACCCAGACUGGGGCUGGUCCACCUUCGCCGUGUGGCACCACUACAUCAGCAAUGACUCACUGGCCGUGCCCAUCAACAUCAGCACUGGAGAUGCCAAUGCCACCCUCCAGUGGAAACCAUCCCCCCGUGCCACCUGUCCUGGAGUGCUGGCCAAGUACCUCAUCUGCCACGUGGCCAAGGGGGACAAUGUGACCUACAGCGAAGUAGAUGCCACAGCAUCAAACUACACCCUCCAGAACCUCCAGCCCGGCACAGCCUACAGGGUGGGUGUUUGGGAGGUGACAGAGGACAGCGAGGGGACCUGCAGUACCUGGUGGCACUUCCAGACCAAGGCACUGGGUAAUGGNAGAGCAAUGUGGAGAGCCAACCUGAAGUACCUGGGCAUCUCACUCGGUCUCCCUGCUGCAGCUGCCAUCUACCACCUGAGCAAAAGGAGGGCUCGCAGCCUCCUCUUCCCACCCCUUCCCAAGCCUGUGGGCACCAAAGCCAUCCAAUUCUCCAACAGCGAGAUGAGUCAGGGCCAACCCCGGACAGGCCUCCUGGAGCCCUCAGAGAGGUUCAGCCCGGCAGAGCUGCUGCUGACAGAGCCAAAUCCCAGCAAGGAGAUGACUGACACAGACUCCCAGCCUGAUGUGCCACAGCCCGACGUGCCACAGCCCAGCCCUGUGGUGGAAAAGCCAGUGGAGGUGGUGGUGUGCCCACCAGGCUGUGGGGAGGAGACAUCCUUCGCCUACCGCAGGCAGGAGCUGCACAACCCAGUGGGAUCUCCACCACCUGGCAGCACCAGCUGCUCUGGGCACCCACCCAGCGAGGAGGAGGAGGAGGAGGAGGAAGAGCAGGGAAGGCAGGGGCUGCACCAGCCACUGAUCCCCAUCGCCCUGCUCAUCUCUGACAAACCCAUCAUCAUCAGGGAUGAGGAAGGAUGGGAUCCGUCGCAGGAGAAUUUGGUGCCAUAG